CCAAGUCUGGCGGCAUUCGGUGCCUCUGUACUAUCUAUAUAUGCAGCUCGUGGUCUAACCUGCUACUUUUGCUUUCUGCUGGCCACCCAGGAGAGUACCAUUAUCAAUUUCCAGGUAUGCCAAGAAUGGAAGGCAGGUAUCCUGCAGAGUCCCAGGGAUCCGUGUCUCCGUUGACGCCAGUGUACUCGCCACUGUCUGAGACAAGCAUACCGAGGAAACCACUUCCACAACGAUAUCCCAGCUUCACAGAACCCGGAAAUCCAGCGCCUGUUUCGAGGAGGAUACCCAGAAAACCGCUUCCAAAGCGUUGGAACUCGCGAAGAUCCGACUCACGACGGCCACAGUCUUCAAGCAGUUUCACCCGCGCCUUUUCAUGGCUAGGAGCCGUGCUUCCCGAUCAAAGACAACCAGCGUUGCAAGAGCAAGAAAUUCCCGAGGACAGCAUCUCGCCUGUUCUGUCAUCGAACCGGAAAUCAUGGCGAUAUACAUCCCAAUUCGAUCCACGCAUGGGUUCGGGCCUGACACUGUACGAUCCCGACUUGGCGGUGCAGGUCAGGCGGCAUUCGUCGACUGCGUCUCAUGUCGUAAAACCGCUUGAUGUUGAUUGGAACCUACCUCCUUUGAAGUGGAGUUGGAGCACGGCGGACUCUAACGAUUCCGUCGUCAACAUUGCCAUCGAGGCGCCAGCCAACUUAACCCCUGCAAAAGGCGACGAGCCGCCUCCAAAUGGUGGAUGGCUUGCCUGGAUGCAGGUCCUGGGAGCUUUCUUUCUCUAUUUCAAUAGCUGGGGCACUCUCAACACCUUUGGCGUCUUCCAGACGUACUACGAGACUUCCGGCACCCUCCAUCAAACAGCUUCAAACAUCUCGUGGAUUGGGUCCAUCCAAGCAUUCCUCGCUACGCUGGUCGGAGUCUUCACCGGGCCGCUUUAUGAUGCCGGAUACUUUCGUCACCUCAUUAUCGCUGGCGGCAUCCUGGUUCCGUUGGGAUUUAUGAUGACCAGCCUGUGCACUCAAUACUGGCAAACGAUCAUCGCCCAAGGCAUCCUCAUUGGCAUCGGCAACGGCUGCUUGUUCGUGCCCUCUGUCGCCAUUCUCCCUCAAUACUUCACCACCAAGAACCCUGUGGCAAACGGCAUCGCUGCCUCGGGCUCUAGUAUCGGCGGGAUCAUCAUGCCGUUCGCCUUUGUCCGACUCCAAGCUCACAUCGGCUUUGGCUGGGCGACGCGCAUCCUGGGGUUCUUGUCCAUUGCGACGAUAUCGAUCAGCAUGGCCGUCAUGAGACCACGCUUGACUCCGCGAAGCAAGCGAAAGCUGGUCGAUGUGUCGGCCUUUGGGGAACUUCAGUACACGUUCUUCUGCGCAGCCGCCUUCUGCGGAUUCAUAGGGAUCCUUGUGCCGCUGUUUUAUGUGGGUCUGUAUGCUCAAGCGACCGGGGUGACGAGCGCGGAGUUUGCCUUUUACUUGCUGCCCAUCAUGAACGCGGCGUCGACGUUUGGACGCAUCGCGCCGAAUUUGGUCGCCGGGAUGAUCGGCCCGCUCAACGUACACAUUCCCGUUGCCGCCGUCGCGGGGAUCCUGGUGUUCGCGUGGUGCGGUAUCACCGAGUUCGCCUCGACCGUGGCGUUUGCCGUCUUGUAUGGCUUCUUCUCCGGCGGGUUUAUCGGCUUGCUGCCAGUGGCCCUGGUAAGCUUGACGCCGGACCUGCGCACGUUGGGCACCAGGACCGGGCAGGCGUUCUUCGUCGGGUCGUUCGGCAUGUUGAUUGGGUCGCCUGUCUCGGGGGCCAUCCUGAGUAAGACCGGUUCUUGGACCGCCGUCAAGUGCUUUGCAGGCACCGCUGUGACUCUGACGGCCGCUUUGUUGGUCGCAGCGAGGACGGCCAAGGUUGGCUGGAGGUUGAAGGCGCGGACUUGAGAUACUAGUCACUUAGGUGUCAGUAUCUGCUUGUCUUGCAAGGGUUCUGGCGGUGCAGUCUCGGCAGUACUAGUAUAUGCUCCCGCUCGAAAGGGGUGCGGAACAUGGAGUGAGUACCUUAGUGACUCACGAGUCACGAGUACACACGUGGCUGAUGCUACAGUAGUAGGGAGUGCAACAAGUUUAAUAGAGGCUGGAAGGCAGAGGAACA